AUGGCGCACCGUCCUCACCCGUUAAGGCAGUCGUACACUGUCGACUACGCCCCCAACAGCAUCGCCCGGCAGCCUUCCACAACAUCCUCCUCAGCUUCAUCCGGUUAUUCGUAUACAUCUGAUUCGUACGACUUUGGACGGACCAGCGCAAAUACAUCAGUCACAUCAAGCGCAUUUGGGCCAACUGUACUUGGCCACAGACGCGGCAAGAGUGAGGCAGCUAUUCGGCAAACGACAAGGCGAUCAAGUACCUUCGAUGAGUCUGCGCCAAAUGCAAAGGAUGUGUACAGCUCAAUCAGACAAUCUUUGAGGCCACUCCCACAGGCUCCCGGCCCCUCUCCGAGUCCUCCUGCACACCAAUCGCCAGUUAAAACACCGCCGAGCUAUUCUAGGCACGAGCGCGGCCAGAGUAUCGACGCCGGAAGCCACGGUCGACAUGAGCGUGGCCAAAGCAUAGAUAUUGGAAGCCAUGGCCGACAUGAGCGUGGCCAAAGUACAGAUAUUGGAACGCCCACUCGACACGAGCGUGGCCAGAGUAUUGACAUUGGGAGACUAUCGCUCAUGGACGAGAAGACGUCACCGUCGCCUAGACCGCGAACAACAGCCUCUCGCCCGACAUCAAUGCUUCUCACUCGUUCUGACUCUGUGCGACCGACUCCACCAGGGGGCAAUGCUAUGGCUCUCUCGCCCAUCGGCAGACCAGACUUGCAGCAGCUCGGCCGUUCCUCGACAAGCCAACUUCGAACACUUUCCAAGCUAGGCACUGCGGAAGAUUUUGCCAUCACAUCACCAACGCAAGAGGUCGUAGGCCUGCGAGGCCGUCGGAGGUUGCAGCGCACGGGUGAUCAGAAUGGUCAGCGCAGUGCUGACAAGUACGGGUUUGCCGGUCGAAACUGGAUGGACAAACAACGCCAAUUCCUCCAAGCUUACGAGUACCUUUGUCACAUUGGUGAAGCCAAGGAAUGGAUCGAAGACAUUAUUCACAGACAAAUACCGCCCAUUGUUGAGCUCGAGGAAGCAUUGCGCGAUGGCGUUACGAUUGCCGAAGUCGUGGAGGCUUUGAAUCCCGAUAGACGAUUUCGAAUAUUCCGCCACGCGCGUCUUCAGGCCAGGCACUGGGAUAAUGUGGCUACCUUUUUCCGGUACUUGGACGAAGUUGAGAUGCCAGAAUUAUUCCGCUUCGAGCUGACCGAUCUCUACGAGAAGAAGAACAUACCCAAAGUCAUCUACUGUAUACAUGCCCUUAGUUGGCUGCUGUUUCGCAAGGGUAUCGUCGAUUUCAGAAUCGGCAACCUGGUUGGUCAGCUCGAGUUUGAGCACCACGAACUCGAAGCAAUGCAGAAAGGAUUGGAUAAGCUUGGUGUCAACAUGCCAAGCUUCGGUAAUAUGGGCGCCGACUUUGGUGUUGAACCCACCCCGGAACCAGAAGAGACUGAGGAGGAGCGUAUAGACCGUGAAUUAGGAGAAAACGAAGCAAUGAUUCUCGACCUUCAAGCACAGAUUCGUGGUGCUUCCACUCGGAUGCGGCUGGCCAAUAUCAUGAACAGCCUCUGGGAUGCGGAAGACUGGAUCGUCGAUCUCCAAUCGCGGAUACGUGGAGACUUCACCAGACAAAUUAUGGACUAUCGACUUCAAAUGAGACGUUUCGCAAUUCAGCUGCAGAGUGCAGCCCGCGGAUUUCUGGUUCGCAGUCGCAUGGCUAACAGAGAGGACUUCUGGAAGAGCAAAGAGAAGAGCAUCAUCAAACUUCAGAGCAUGAUGCGGGCUAUUCAAGUCCGUAACGAGGUACGCGAGACUCGAUCUCAAUUAGUACAAGCAGACGGCCCUGUGCGGAGCAUUCAGGCUCUCUGCAAGGGCUUCCUGGCACGAGAGAAGAUCGCCGCACAGCAGCAGCAGACGCACAGCAUGCAAGGACCAGUGAUGCAUCUGCAGUCAGCGAUUCGCGGCAUGCUGGUGCGAGACAGGCUAGAGAAAGAUCUUUACAGUCUUGACCAGGAGUCUUCGGCCAUCACGAGUUUGCAAGCUUCUAUUAGGGCAAUGCUGACACGGAAUCAGACCAACCAGCAGCGGGAGGCCCUAUUGAGCUUCUCGCAGCAGUGGGAAGCUCUGCAAGCUGUAUGCCGAGGUAACACUGUUCGAUCCGAAGUCAAUGCUACCAAGGCCGAGCUGGCACAAUAUGUUCCAGACAUUACAUACCUGCAAUCUCAUACCCGUGCGGGAGCUGUACGCUCGGCUACAGCUGAUCUUCUUGAUGCUUUGAGCACGCACGAAGCAUCCGUGAUCGAUCUACAGUCAAUGGCGAGAGGCGUGCUGGAAAGACAAAGGAUCGCCGCUGACCUUGAUGAGCUCGAUGGCCUGACGACUGACAUUGAGGAUCUCCAGGCAAGGAUUCGGGGUUUGCAGUCUAGGAAGCGACACUUCGACCUCUUGGAUGAGCUUCAGUCACAUGAAGAACAAGUCAUCUCACUCCAAGCUCUAUCGCGCGCCAUGCUCUGCCGUGCUCGCGUCGGGGAUCUCCUCGCGGAACUUGACGAGCACGAAGAUGCAAUCACGGAAUUACAAUCGCUCGCCAAGGGUUUUAUUGUCCGUGGUCAUUUUGAGGAAAAGAAGAGACACUUCAACGAGAACAUGCAGAAGGUCAUCAAGAUUCAAAGCUUUGUUCGUGCCAAGAUCCAGGGCGAGGCAUACAAGAGUCUCACUACGGGCAAGAAUCCCCCUGUCAACGCCGUCAAGAACUUUGUCCACCUGCUCAACGACAGCGACUUUGACUUCAACGAAGAAAUCGAAUUUGAACGACUCCGAAAGACGGUCGUCCAGCAGGUCCGCCAAAACGAGAUGCUUGAGCAGUACAUUGAUCAGCUCGAUAUCAAGAUCGCCCUUCUGGUGAAGAACAAAAUCACCCUCGAUGAAGUUGUUCGACACCAAAGCAACUUUGGCGGCCACGCAAGCUCACUGCUGGCCAAUACUUCCAUCGCCUCAGCGAACCAAUUCGACCUAAAGGCUCUCAACAAAAGUUCCCGAAAGAAGCUCGAGUCUUAUCAACAGCUUUUCUUCAAUCUGCAGACACAACCGCAAUACCUGGCGCGUUUGUUCAAACGGGUCCGUGAGCAGGGCACGGCUGAAAAGGAGUGCAAGCGAAUCGAACACUUGAUCAUGGGCUUGUUCGGAUAUGCCCAGAAACGAAGAGAAGAGUAUUACCUACUGAAACUCAUCACUCGAUCGAUUAGGGAGGAUGUCGACAGCUGCAGCACAAUCCAGGAUUACCUACGCGGCAACUUCUUCUCCGCUCGUCUCCUUGGCGCCUAUACUCGGUCGGCUCGCGACCGCAAGUACCUGCGGGAUCUUCUCGGCCCCUUAAUCCGUGACAACAUCAUCGAGGACCCGGCACUGGAUUUGGAGAGCGACCCAGUCCAAAUAUACAAAUCAGCCAUCAACAAUGAAGAGCUCCGCACUGGUUACCCCAGUAGGCGGCCACUUGACGUGCCUAGAGACUUGGCCAUCAAGGAUCCGGAGACGCGUGAGCUCUUCAUUGACCACCUGCGGGAUCUUCGCGAGAUCUGCGACCAAUUCUUCGUUGCGCUCGAGGAUUUCCUCCCAAAGAUGCCCUACGGCCUGCGGUUCGUCUGCUUGCAGACUUUCGAAGCAUUGCGUCAAAGGUUCAAGAGGGAGCCUCAGCAGCAAGUUUUGCAGCUUAUCACCAACUGGCUCUGGAAGUUUUACCUGCAACCCGCACUCAUCAACCCAGAACAAGUAGGCGUCAUGGAGAAGACUCUAGGCCCACUGCAGAAGCGCAACCUGGGCGAAGUGGCCAAGGUCCUGAGCCAAAUUGCUUCUGGAAGGCCUUUUGGUGGCGAGAAUGUCUACCUCCAGCCACUGAAUGCCUUUGUCGCAGAGUCAUCUGAACGUCUGGCUCAGAUCACCAAUGACCUUAUUUCGGUUGCCGACGCCGAGAGCACCUUUGACAUUGAUGAAUACAAUGACUUGUAUGCCAAGAAUAGGCCUACGCUUUACAUCAAAAUGGGCGACGUCUUCGCGAUCCACACCAUCAUUGCCAAUGAGCUCCCAAGCAUUUGUCCUGGCCGUGAUGAUAUCUUGCGCGAGAUCAUGCAAGACCUUGGCAGUGCCAAAAGCAACGAGCAUGAGAUGACUGCCGCAGGGUCAUCCGAAAUCCAGCUCUUCUUAACACCAAAGCUGCACGACGUUGAAGAUCCGGAGGCUGAAGUCAAGGCGCUAUUCAUGGAGACGAAACGUUGCAUUCUCUACAUCAUUCGUGUCCAAAGCGGCGCGAAUCUCCUUGAGAUCCUGGUUCGUCCGCCUACACAAGAAGAUGAGCACAAAUGGGCGGCCGUGCUUCGAGAAGACUUUGCUGCUGGUAACAAUACCAAGGGAGCCUAUUCCGACGCCAACAUGGUAGAUGUCACUCGGAUGUCAUACUACGACAUGAAGCGAAAUGCUCUGGAGAACAUCAUGCGACUUGAGCACAUGGGUCGGAUCUCCAAGCAAAACUAUUACCAAGAUGUGCUGAACGCCAUUGCUCUCGACAUUCGCACCAAGAGCAGGCGCCGAGUGCAGAGACAACGUGAGCUCGAUGGAGUUCGCAUGACGCUCGGCAACUUGCACCAGAAGGCCAAAUACCUGGAGCAACAGCGCAAGAGUUAUGACGACUACAUCGAACAGGCCAUGGCAACCUUGCAAAACAAGAAGGGCAAAAAACGUUUCCUCCUUCCCUUUACCAAACAAUUCAACCACCAGCGCGAAUUGGAGCGCUCGGGCCGGGUCCCCAAGUUCGGCUCGUACAAGUACAGCGUGCGCUCUCUUGCCGAUAGGGGCGUCGUUGUUUCUUGGCAGGGAGUAGCCGAGCGUGAUUGGGGUGUGAUCAAUCUGACCAUAAGCUGCGAUGAGGUCGGAGUCUUCAACCUCGAGGGCAGCCGUGGGCACAUCCAGAUCCCCGGUGCCAGCGCACUGAUCCCGAUUGAAAGCAUCCUGCAGUCCCAGUUCGAGUCCCACCAGUUCAUGAAUGUGUUUGAGGGCAAUCUCAAGCUGAACGUCAACUUGCUGCUGCAUACACUGUACAAGAAGUUCUAUCGAACGCAAUAA